CCUUUCCUUGACUUGUUCUCUUACUUCGACAUCCUUUACUUUCUCUAGACAUGGCUGAAAACACUGACGCUCUCGCUCCCAGGGAAGAGGAGGUCGACGUUCACUUCGAGCCCGUCAUCAGGCUCACCGAGCAGGUUGACACGAAAACCAACGAGGAAGAUGAGGAGCCCAUCUUCAAGAUGCGGGCAAAGCUUUUCCGAUUCGACACUGCCUCUGCCGAAUGGAAGGAACGAGGUACUGGCGAUGUUCGAUUGUUGAAGCACAAGGAGACCAAGAAAGUCCGUCUGGUCAUGCGACGAGACAAGACUCUCAAAGUCUGUGCCAACCACCUGCUCACCAGCGAUAUGAAGUUGCAGCCUAACAUUGGCUCAGACCGAAGUUGGGUCUGGAAGGUCGCGGCUGAUUACGCCGAGUCCCCACCAACCUCUGAGACUCUUGCCAUCCGCUUCGCAAACUCGGACAACGCCAAUCAAUUCAAGUCCGCAUUCGAGGAUGCACAGAAGAACAACGCCGAGCUCUCAGGAUCGUCUGAAUCCAAGGAGGAGAAGGACGAAGAGAAGAAGGAUGAACCUGCUGCUGCCGCCGAAGAGAAGAAGGAGGAGAGCAAAGAAGAGCCCAAGGCUGAGGAGGAGAAGAAGGAGGAAGAGAAGAAGGAUUAAAUUCAGAAUUCGAACUACGGUCUUUUCUCUAUUCGCAAUACCAUACCCACCCUCUCGCUAUACUCCCUUCCAUUGAGGCUUUGCCAGUGCCCCUUGUUUCCUUUGGGUCUUUCGGGCAGUUGAGGUUGACACUACAAUACAAACAGGACUGAUUUUCUAGUGAAUGAUAUUUUGCUCCGGGAGUGAUGCUACGUCGGAGCGCGCGUCAUAAAUUCACGUCUCCCGCCGUUCGAAUGAUCACG